AUGGAGAACGAGAAACCAACGAGACCUCAAAGCGAUGUCCCCGAUGUAGUGGACUCUAAUCCGAUAAACUUAGAAUACGACACGAAACAUGCGAAGCGUGGGAUUGCGGUCAUCUUUAAUCAAGUAAACUUCAAAAACUUGGAGAAGCGUAAUGGGAGCGAUAAGGAUUGUGAUUCCAUACACAAAACGUUGAUACAUUUGGGCUUUGACGUGCGCGUUCACAAAGACAGUAAACAGUCUGAAAUUAAAAAUGAAUUGACAACAAUCGCAAAUGAAGAUCAUUCGAAUAAUGAUUGCUUCAUGUUGGUGAUUAUGACGCACGGCGAAGAAAACACGCUGCAUGCAUCCGACAAGAUAUUCGAGCAAAACUUGCUCUGGGAGAACUUUAUUGGAGCUAAUUGUCCGACGUUGAUCGGUAAACCGAAGCUGUUCUUCAUCCAGGCAUGCAGGGGCCGCAGUUUUGACGGUGGUGUCUGA